AUGAAUAGACUUAAUUCUCAACCUAAAACAAAUAAUCAAGGUAGAAUGACUCCAAUUGAAUAUAUGAUUCAUAAAAACAUUCCACUUCCAAAUAAAGCAAAAUAUCCUUAAAUAGAUUCAGAGGCAAGUUUACAUAGAUCUGAAAUUAUUCAUUAGAACAAUAAUAGUAGUAAUUACUCAAAUGGUUCAGAAGGAAAUAAUAUUUAAAAAAUAAUUGAAGAAAAGAAUAGAGAAAUUGAAUUCUUAAAAUAAGCAGAAGCUUAAAGUAGAAUGUUAACUACUUAAUUUUAAGAAAUGAAUCAGAAUCAUUAAUUAGAGGUUAAGUAAUUGUUAGAAUAGAUAUAAAAUUAUAAAUAAAGGAAUAUUGAUUUAAAGAGUCAAAUUGAAUAGUAUAUGACAGAAGUCAAUAAAUCAAAUUAAAAAUAUUAGGAAUGUUGCAAAGAAAGAGAUGAAUAUAUAAAAAAUCUAAAAGAAUAUUAAUAAGAUUAUGAUAUUAUGAAAAUGUAAUUAUAAGGGAAAGAUGUUGAAAUAAUAUAAUUAAAAGAAAGAAUUUAAAAUAUAGAACAUAAUCAUUAAUAAGAAUUAAGUCAAUAUUCAUAAACUAAUGAUAAUUGGAAAAGAUCAUUGAUGGAUACUUAAAUUAGAGAGAUUACUUAAUAGUUCAAUUAAGAUAGAAUAUAAUAUGAUAUAAAAAUUAAAAAUUUAGAUAAUAAAAAUAUUGAAUUAGAAAAUAAAUGUGUUUUAUUAGCUUAAGAAAUGGAAAGAAUGCGAGUAAAAGAAUUAGAAUAAAAUAAAAUGAUGAAUAAAAAUUUAUAAAAUGAAAAUAAUGAAUUAAAAAUAAAGAUUUAAGAAAUGAUGUAAUUUAUAACUAGAUAUGAGGAAUAAAUUAAUGAAAUGGAAUAUCAUUAAGAUUAAAAUUAAAAAGAUAGAAUGAGAAUUGUUGUAUUAAGUUCUGAAAUUGAAAGAUAAAAUUGUAUUAUUGAAGAAUAAUAAUAAAAAAGUUAAUCUUAUAAAUAAUAAAUUUAGAGUUUAGAACAAUAUGAGAUGCAAUGUAAAUUAUUAUAAGAAUAAUAAUUAUUAAAUAAUUAAUUGAAACAAUAAUUACAUUAAGAAGUUAUGAAAAAUCAGAAUACAUAAUAAGACUUUGAAUAUUUAUAAUAAGAAUGGACAAAUAGAAAUUAAUAGUUAUAAGAUAGAUGUGCAAUGUUAACAACUGAGCUUGAGAGAUUACAUUUAGUAACAAGAAAUAAUGAAAAUUAGAAUAGGAAUCAUUAAUAUGAAAUUGAUUAACUUUAAAAGUAAUUAGGAAAUCAUAUAUAAAUUAUUGAGGAGAAAUCUAAUAUGAUAUUAUAAUUAGAAAUGGAAAUAAGUAAUUAUUAAUAAGAAUCUAUGCUAUUAAAUAGUGAUAAUGAUAAUCUUAAUAUGAGAAUAACUUAAUUGGAAGAAGAAAUCUAGGAAUUUAAAGAUUAAACAUCCUAAUAAUAAAAUAGGAGAUCUUAGGAGUUAAAAUAACAAAUUGAGUAUUAUGCAAAUGAAUUAAACAGAACUGCAUAUAAUUAUAAUUAAGUAAAUGUAGAUAAAGAGAAUAUGUAUUAAGAAUUAGAAAAAAUUAAUAGAGAAUAUAAAGAUUUGAUAUUCACAUCUCAAUAAAAAGAUAUUUAAAUCAAAGACUUAAAUGAUUAAAUAUAAUUAAUAGAAGAUAAACAUUAAAUUGAAAUAAAUGAGUUAAAGAAACAAGGAGAAUAUCUAAGAAGAUCUGUACUUGAUCAAUAAAUUAGAGAUUUAACUUAUAAAUUUAAUAAUGAUAAAUAAAUUCUCGAAAUGUAGAUUAGAUAAUUGUAAUAAUAAAAAUAAUAAGUUGAUAUGUAAAAUACAUAGUUGUAAUAAAAACUCUAAGAAUUAUAAUAUACUGUUGAUGAUCAAUUAGAAAUAUAAAAAUAAAAAUUGUAAACAAGUGAGAAAGAAAGAAUCAAUUUAUUAUAAGAAAUAAAAGAUUAUUAAAUGGAAUUACAAAUGAUAUCUAAUGAAAGAUUAUAAAUGAAGGAAGAUUUUAUUAAAGAAAGAAUGAAAAUAGUUAUAUAUGCUACUGAAAUUGAUAGAUUAUUGUGUAUUAUUGACGAUUUAUAGAAUUAAAUUAAAAAAGUUGAACAAUAAAACCAUUUGUAAAAUGAUUAAAUAAAGUAAUUAACAUCAACAAUCUAAUAAUAACAUAAUACAAUAUAUACAUUAGAAUAAGAAAAGAAAAAUCAUUAAAGAGACAAUAAUUAUAAGGAAUAGAAUUUAGAAAAUAAAAUGAUAGUAAUGACAAAUGAAUUAGAGAGAACAAAAAAUUAAUUAUAUGAAGAACAAAGUAAAGUUUAUGAAUAGGAAAUUAAAUAGAAAUCAUUAUUAUAGGAAAUAGAAGAGUUAUAUUAAUAAAUUGAAUAAUAUUAAUCAGAAAUCACAAUUAUGUAAAAGAAUGGUUUAGAAUUAGGUGAUUUAGAAACUAAGUUUUAAGCAGAAAGAAUGUCUUGGGAAACAUAAAAAUAUUAAUUAACCAAUUAAAUUUAAGAUUAUGAAUAGAAAAUACUUUUAUUAAAUUAAGAAAUAAAGAGAUUAACUAUUAUUGGAGAUGAAAGACUUCAUGAAAUUGAAGAAUUAAGAUUCAAAUUUAGAGAUGCUUAAUUAACUGAAAACUAUGAAUAAUUAAAAACAGAAUAUGAUCAAUUAGAAUAAUAAGUAAUGGAAUUAGAAUAAAACAAUUUAAAAUUAAAAUCUCAUACUUAAACUUUAGAAAAAUAGAUUUAAUUGUUAGAAUUAUCAUUAUAAGAUAAAUCAAAGGAAGUUGAAGAUAUUUAUACUUUAAUGAAUAAACAAAGGAGACAAAGUGAAUCCACUAAUAAAGAAGCUGAAAAUAAUAGAAAAACAUAAUAAUUAUUAUAAUAAACUAUCUCAAAUUUAGGACAAUAGAAUUAAUAAUUAAAAGAACAAUUUUAAACUGUAACUAAUGAAAAUCAAAGCUUGUAAUAUUUAUUUAUUUAUUAAUUAUAGAUUAUCAUAAAUACAAUAUAUGUAGAAUAGUCUUAAUGAGAGAGAUUAAAUGAUAUAGAAAAAGAGUUAUGAAUUGAUUGAAAAAAUCAAAGAAAUUGAUACUCUUAAAGUGAAAUAUGAACAAAAAAUCAAUAACUCCAUUAUUCAGUCUACAAUUAUAAGAGUAUUUUUUAUUUCAUAUCUUUAGAAUUCAUCAUUAACUAGAUAAGUAAUUAAAACUGAUUAAGAGAAUUUUAUCAACGAUCCUGUAAUUAAAUCCAAAAAUACUUUUAAUUAACUUACAAAUGUAAGACCUCCUAGAUAAGUGAUGUCCUAAAUUAAUGCAGAUUUAAAUAAUUAGUAGGAAUGAUU